ACUGUGACAUUUACAGCACCAUCUGCUGUUAAAAUUAAAGAAAAUUUUUCUUUUCUUUCCUCUUCCUGUGAUUAUUUAACAACUGUCAGCUGAGUUUUUAAGAUUUUACUCCAUUGGCGCAGAAUAAAACAAAAGGAUGGCUGUGAGAUUAUUUUCUAAAUUGAAGGUUCUCCCUGAAUUCCGAAAUGUAUCGUUUGCGAGUUCGGCCGCAGCGCCUGCUACUCUAUCAGACUUCGAUCUCCAGCAUAAAACUCCAGUCAUCAGGAAACAGAAGUUAAUCCCAAAGGCUCAUUAUGGUGGCCGCCACGCCGUUACCAUGUUGCCUGGUGGAGGCAUCGGCCCCGAAUGCAUGGGUUACGUCAGAGAUAUUUUCAAGUAUAUUGGUGCCCCUGUUGACUUUGAGGUAGUGGAUAUUGACCCAACAAUGGACAAUGAUGAUGAUGUACAAUAUGCUAUUACAACUAUCAAAAGAAAUGGCGUCGGCCUUAAGGGCAACAUUGAGACCAAAAGUGAGGCUGCAUAUGUAACUUCCCGCAAUGUAGCUCUUCGAAAUGAACUCGACAUGUAUGCAUAUAUACUAAACUGCAAAUCCUUCCCUGGUGUCCCAACUAGACAUAAGGAUAUUGAUGUUGUUAUUAUCAGGCAAAACACCGAAGGUGAAUAUGCCAUGUUGGAACAUGAGUCUGUCAAUGGAGUUAUUGAGUCCAUGAAAGUCGUGACAGCCAGUAAUUCAGAACGCGUCGCUAGGUUUGCAUUCGAAUUUGCCAAGAGAAACGGCAGAAAGAAGGUAACCACAGUGCACAAGGCAAACAUUAUGAAGCUAUCAGAUGGUCUGUUCCUGGAGACAUCCAGGCGGAUGGCAAAGGAGUACCCUGACAUUGAGCACAAUGAUAUGAUCAUUGAUAACUGUUGUAUGCAGCUUGUCGCUAAGCCGCACCAGUUUGAUGUGAUGCUGAUGACUAACCUUUAUGGGUCAAUUGUAUCCAACGUGGUCUGUGGACUACUGGGAGGUGCUGGCCUGCUCUCUGGUAGGAACUAUGGCGACCACUACGCAGUCUUCGAGCCCGGUACCAGGAACACAGGCACAGCAAUAGCCGGCAAAAACAUUGCCAACCCAGUGGCUAUGAUCAAUGCAUCAAUAGAUAUGCUUGAGCACCUCGGCCACUUUUUCCAUGCCGAUCUGCUGAAGCGAGCUGUGUACAAGACCAUCAACGAGGAUCGCAUCUUGACCCCCGACGUUGGUGGCACUGCGACCUCGACCGAAGUCGUCAAUGCCAUCAUAGGUAACAUAGGCUUGUAAAUAUUGUAUCUUAUGCAGCAUAAUUAGAGUAAAUUAUCGGGUGCUACGCUACAAUUUUCAAAAUGUAAAUCUCAUUAUUGUCUAUUCACAAAACCAGUUGGUGUAAUUAUUCUAUUUAUUGAUGGUAUUUUUGAUUUUAUAUAAAAAAAAACAAUAUAAAAAUAACCAUAUUUAGUGACACUGACCCACCCUUCUAUUAUAUAUAAAUAUAAAAUUUUAGUACAAUGGCAACACUUUUUGGUACAGUGAAUAGAUAAUUUUAUGGACCAUUUAAAUGAGGUGUAUUAUUCCUAUCGCGAUGAAUGUCAUAUAACAUGUACAUAGUUUGAACUCAUUGUUAAUAACAUUUUACAUGAAUAAGAUUCGCUCUUGUUAAUAUUUUUCAUAAAUUGACUCAUUAAAAUUAUAUAAAGUUACUGAUUAUUAUAAUCACGAAUGUAAUAUACCCUCAGAAAUGGUUUUUUUAGAUUUCGUAUUUAGAGGCAAUUUUUAUCAUCAGCCUAAAUUAGUUAUAUAAUUUACAAUAGAGAUCCAAGAAAUAUAUGUCUCAGUAUUUGUUUACUACACAUGUAGUUUGUAUGGUCAGCUUGAAUUUUAAUAAAUUUUUAAGAAUACAAAGCGUUAGCGUGAAGAAGAAAGCUUUCUGUUUUAUAUUAUAUAUAUAUUUUUGCUGACCUUACACUUUUUUCCAAGACAAUAAUGUUUUGUCUUUUAUAUUACUAGUGAAUUUUCUUGUAAAAACUUACAUUUUCUUUUUAUAAAAAUCUUAUAAGUAGUACCAGUACAUUACUGUUUGUAGAAAUAAUUAUUACAAAAAUGAAUAGAUCUUGUAAAAUUUGUACAAAUAUUAGCUUCGAAAACAUUUUAUUUUGUCGAAUUUGCUUAAUAUCAUUCUAAGUUGAUUUUGUUGAUCUUAUUUUGUAGUAAUUAUAAAUAGGUCAUGCACAUACAAAUAUUUUUUAUUCUUAUGUACCAAAGAGUAAAAUAAAAUGUUGUUGCCAUAAAAAGCAAAAGUCGAAAUAGAAAAAUGUUCUUUCAUACAAAUUGUGAGGUCACAUAACUACUUGAAAUUUUAAACGAUGUUUUCUGGAAUUUAAUAGAGUAUCUUUGUAUCUCUUGUAUAUUAUCGUGGAAGCGCUAAAGGCUACAUGAAGAUAGUAUAAAAUGAAUAUGGCGGCCAUUAAGUUACGGAAAUGUGGCAUUGUAUUAAAAAAAAAAUUAAGUCCGAUUUCUUUUUAGAACAUGGUGUGUGCACGACCAUUUUUAUGUUAUUACCACGUAGUUACCUUAAAAUUGGGAAUACUUAAUUAUUUAUUGUAUUUAUAUUGUAGUUAAUAAACUUUAUUUAGUAUUCAA